GCAGGGUUUGUUUACUGGCGGAGAGGCUUGGAAGAAGGGGAUCCUACAGGACCUGGGAGACUACAAUCUACCUCUGUCUGUGCAAGAACAAAAGGAGAAAAAACACAUACAACUGUCGAACUUUACUCCACCUAUGUUUCCUUCAUUCAGAUGGAGGCUUAGGUGUGUUGGCAGGCGGUCUCGCGGAGCAUGAACACAACUUGGAGCGUUUGUUUUUUAUUCCCAAACAGAAGCGGAGAGUUGACUGCUGCUGCUGCGGAGCCACGACGAGCUUUCCCUACUCAGUGGACCUCUCAUUGAAAUCUCUGCACCCAGUGAACACGGACAUUCGGAGCUUUUUUUUUUUUUUGGAGACUACUAACCUUGUCGUGGCGUGGAAAAAACGUCUCGUGCUGGUAAACCGAGCAAAGUUAACGUGUUGUGCGCGCGCUGGAGGACUUGAGAAUAUGUACGAAAGACACGCUGACGUUACGCCACGCAUGCCACAAGCAUCGAGUCAGCAGCGAACCCAUCCGAAAUUCCUCUAAAUUAAGUUAAAGUUCGCAUUUGGGAAGGUACGCAGCCUGGGUGUAUGCGUAAAAGAAGACGCAUUAGGGCUGUGUGCUUCGGGUGAAGACGUGUUGGAGUUGAAUUUUAACAGCGUUGCAAGAAAGCACAGUAAACUUCACUUGUGGCCUGGACUAGAGUGGUCGAGCCAGGCUACGCUGUUAGCUAGCUAAAGUGUCGCUUAUGUUAGCGUUGACGUUAGCUUCUGCUCGGCCAACAAGUCUCUUUUUGUUCCUCUUUUCCGACUUAGAUUAACUGAGCCGGGCCAGUUAAAUUGACACAUUCUUCGAAAUACAUAAACCAAGCACUCAUACCCGGGGUACGUGCUUUCUAACGGUGCUUUUUGUCGGGUAGGUUAGCAGCAGCAGUGCUAGCUUGUGUUUGACCGAACACGUUGGACUCGUUCCUCCGCCCAUCUUCCGGGAUGUCUUUUAUUUAUUUUUGUUUACCUGUUGGCUCGCGCCGCAAAACAAAACCCAUUUCCUAAAGGCAUCUCCCCCUCAGUCGGUACUGAGCUCCUCAGCAAGGAUUACUGUGUUUUUGUUUUUUCGCUCAAGAUCAGUGUGUUGGAUGGUGACUUAUCCCGGGUCAGUGAUGAGGCUCCGGACUGUGUGUUUUGUUGUGGCUGCUGCCUUCAUUGUGAUGGGAUGUCACCGAGCAAACGGAGAGAUUUGUUCAAGCAAAGACAUCCGGAACAAUGUGACCAACUUGCAAACACUCGAGAACUGUACCGUGAUCGAAGGCCAUCUAAAGAUCCUGCUCAUGUUCAGGACCAAGCCUGAGGAUUUCCGUGGCUUCAGUUUCCCCAAGCUGAGGGUGAUCACCGAUUACCUGUUGCUCUUCAGAGUUUAUGGCUUGGAGAGCCUCAGCGACCUUUUCCCAAACCUGACAGUGAUCAGAGGUAACAACUUGUUCUUCAACUAUGCCCUAGUAUUGUUUGAGAUGGUUCAGCUGCGGGAGAUCGGCCUCCAUAGCUUGAUGAAUAUCACUCGAGGAGCUGUGAGAAUUGAGAAGAAUGCAGAUCUCUGCUAUCUGUCCACUCUGGACUGGUCCAAGAUCCUGGACUCGGUUGAGGACAACUAUAUCGUGGCUAACAAGAAUGACAGAGAGUGUGGAGAUGUCUGCCCAGGGGCGGCUGUGGGAAAGACCACCUGUCAGACCACCACCAUCAACGGCCACUUCAGUGAACGCUGCUGGACCCAGAGACACUGUCAAAGAAUGUGCCCUGUUCAGUGCAAACAUCGCGCCUGCACUAAGGAUGACCAGUGCUGCCAUGACCAGUGCUUGGGCGGCUGCCUCCAGCCCAGUUCAGCCAGUCACUGUGUGGCCUGCCGCGGUCUCCAGCACGGGGACACCUGCGUAGAGCGCUGCCCCGCAAACCACUACACCUACAAAGGCUGGCGCUGCGUUUCCUUCGCCUUUUGUCAAGAGCUUCAUAACAAAUGCAAGAGGGAGAAGGAGCACAGAAAGAACUCCGACUGCCACGAGUACGUCAUCCACAACAACGCCUGUAUCCCUGAGUGUCCCGCCGGCUACACCACUGUCAACUCCUCCUCGCUUAACUGCACUCCAUGUGCAGGACUUUGUCCAAAAGUGUGUAUGGGUCUGAAGACUGUGGACUCGGUGACGGCUGCACAGGAUUUGAGGGGCUGUACUGUCCUCAACGGGAGCCUGAUCAUCAACCUGCGGGGAGGAAACAACAUCGCAGCCGAGCUGGAGGCCAGCCUGGGCCAGCUGGAGGAGAUCACUGGCUACCUGACAGUGCGACGUUCCUACGCCCUUGUGUCCCUCUCUUUUUUCCGCAAGCUCCGUGUUAUUCGUGGCGAGGAACAGGAAAUCGGAAACUACUCGUUCUACGCCUUGGACAACCAGAACUUGCGGCAGCUGUGGGACUGGUCCAAACACAAGUUGACCAUCCAGCAGGGGCGCAUGUUUUUCCACUAUAACUCCAAGCUCUGCAUGACGGAGAUCCACAAAAUGGAGGAAGUCACGGGAACCAGGGAUCGGCAAGUGAAGAACGACAUCGCCUCCAAGACCAACGGAGACCAGGCAUCAUGCGAGGUCCAUGUGUUGAAGUUUACUCAGAUCCGAACCAUGAGCGAUAAAAUAAUGGUGAAGUGGGAAGCUUUCUGGCCUCCAGACUUCAGAGACCUGCUGGGCUUCAUGGUGCUGUACAAAGAGGCGCCGUUUCAGAAUGUAACUGAGUUUGACGGGCAGGAUGCCUGCGGCUCCAACAGUUGGGUUAUCGCUGAUGUGGACCCUCCGCCUCGAGCCACCGAGGGGGACAAAGAGCAGACAGAGCCGGGUCACCUCAUCCUGCCGCUCAAGCCCUGGACUCAGUACGCCAUUAUGGUGAAGACCCAGCUGUCAGCAUCCGACGAACACCAGCUCAAUGGAGCCAAAAGCGAGAUCAUCUAUGUCCGCACCAACGCCACCAAGCCCUCGGUCCCACUCGAUCCCAUUUCUUCAUCCAACUCUUCCUCCCAGAUCAUCCUCAAGUGGAAACCUCCCAACGAUCCCAACGGCAACAUCACUCACUACCUGGUGUUCUGCCAGCGCCAACCUGAAGCCAGUGAACUCUACAAGUUUGACUACUGUCAGAAGGGGAUGAAGUUGCCAUCACGGGUGCCCACUCAGGUGGACAGCGAUGAGGAGCAGAAGUGGAAUCAGACAGAGGAGCUGGGCCAGGGGACACGAUGCUGUGCCUGUCCUAAAACCGACAAGGAGCUGAAGAAGGAGAAAGAGGACUCGGAGUACCGCAAAACCUUUGAGAAUUACCUCCACAAUGAAGUUUUUGAGAUCAAACGCACUAGACAGCGCCGUUCUGUGAUGGGCAUUGCCAACCGAACGCAACAUUUCCUCACAACCGCCCCCAGCCCGACUGGCACGCACAUUCCCGAGGAUGAGGGUGAAGAAACAUUCGAGAGCACCAAAACUGUGGUCACCGUCCACGCUAAGGAGUCCACGGUCAUCUCCAACCUACGCCAUUUCACCAGCUACCAAAUCGAGAUCCACGCCUGCAACCACCCGACUGACCCGGCCCGCUGUAGCAUGGCAGCGUACGUCAGCGCUCGCACAAUGCCAGAGGACAAAGCUGAUGAUAUUGUGGGUCUCAUCACGUACGAAGUUACAGACAAUACAGUGCACAUGUCAUGGCAAGAACCUGCUGCACCCAAUGGCAUGAUCAUCCUGUAUGAGGUCAACUACAAGAGACUGGGAGAUAGCGAGGAGCUACACUACUGUGUAUCCAGAAACAUGUACAGACAAACCCGAGGCUGCAAGCUGAGAGUGAUGCACUCUGGGAACUACACGGUGAGGAUCCGGGCCACGUCACUGGCAGGGAAUGGAUCCUGGACUGAGCCAACAUACUUCUAUGUCCAGGACGCAGAUCAUCUGAACAUCAUAAAGAUCGUGAUCGGACCUGUCAUCUGCUUUGUCCUGCUGGUGUUUGUGGCUGGGGGAGGAUUUUUCAUGUUUAAGAAGAAUCAAACACAAGGGCCCAGUGGUCCCAUCUAUGCUUCUUCAAACCCAGAAUAUCUCAGUGCUACUGAUGUGUACGAGGAGGAUGAGUGGGAAGUGGCCAGGGACAAGAUCAGCAUCCUGAGGGAGCUAGGUCAGGGUUCCUUUGGUAUGGUGUACGAAGGUAUCGCCAAGGACAUCAUCAAGGGUGAAGGGGAGACACGUGUUGCGGUGAAGACGGUCAACGAGUCGGCCAGUCUGCGGGAGAGAAUCGAGUUCCUGAAUGAGGCCUCCGUGAUGAAGGCCUUCAGUUGUCACCAUGUGGUGCGUCUGCUGGGUGUGGUGUCCAAAGGCCAACCCACUUUGGUGGUGAUGGAGCUCAUGACCCACGGAGACCUGAAGAGCUACUUGCGUUCUUUGCGACCUGAUGCAGAGAACAACCCUGGGCGUCCACCGCCAACCUUAAAGGAAAUGAUUCAAAUGGCGGCUGAGAUUGCAGAUGGAAUGGCUUACCUUAACGCCAAGAAGUUUGUCCACAGAGACCUGGCAGCCAGGAACUGCAUGGUGGCUCAUGACCUUACAGUCAAGAUAGGAGACUUCGGCAUGACCAGGGAUAUCUAUGAGACAGACUACUACCGAAAAGGAGGGAAGGGCCUGCUGCCCGUCCGUUGGAUGGCACCUGAGUCUCUGAAGGAUGGCGUGUUCACUGCGCACUCGGACUGUUGGUCUUUCGGGGUCGUGCUGUGGGAGAUCAGCACUCUGGCUGAGCAGCCGUACCAGGGCCUGUCCAAUGAGCAGGUCCUCAAGUUCGUCAUGGACGGAGGCUACCUGGACCGACCCGACAACUGCGCCGACAGGCUGCACAACCUGAUGCAGAUGUGCUGGCAGUACAACCCCAAGAUGCGUCCCACCUUCCAGGAGAUCAUCGAGAUGCUGCGAGAGGACCUGCACCCCACCUUCCAGGAGGUGUCCUUCUUCUACAGUGAGGAGAACAAGCCGCCUGAGAGCGAAGACUUCGACCUGGACAUGGAGAACAUGGAGAGCAUCCCGCUGGACCCGUCGUCCUACUCUCAGAGGGAGCAGUGUUUGGACAGAGAUGAGGUGUCGUCCAUGGGCCUGAGGGGCAGCUAUGAGGAGCAUCACAUCCCCUUCACACACAUGAACGGGGGGAAGACCAACGGACGAAUACUAGCCCUGCCGCGGUCCAGCCCCUCCUAACAAACUGUCCACAUCCUUCACACACAACAAUGCUACAGAAUGAAAUCUAUUUUUGUUUUUGUUGUCAUUUUAUAGAGAUCACACUUUUAUCACUCUCUCUCUUCAGAGCCCCUCAGUGCAUAUCUCAGGACUUUAUUUUCCUCUUCAGAUGCCACACACUACAGUUUGUCCACACACGGAUGCCAGAAGACACUUUUUGUAUUUAAGAAUGAACCUCCUGCGCCACGUCUCUUGUUCAUUGAUUGUACUUUAUAUACUGUAUAUAUAUUGCCAAGUUUGUGCUAGACUGGGUGGAGAAUGGAUUCAACUGUGAAACAAACUCUUGACAAACAAGAAGGCUGCUAAACCCUUUGUCCCUUUCCAGACUGUGUCCCCCUAACCCCUCCUCCCAAAUUCAUCACAAGGGUUCAUCCCGGGAUGCUAUGUUUUGGAAAAAAAGUGCCCUUCUAUUUUGUCUGUGGCCUACAUCGGUUGUCAUAGAACUGUCUGAGUCUUUGUAUGUGGACGACGAACUGAAAAUGAAAGACUUGUGAAGUCUUGUUGUGUCUGAUGGCCAAGACGGUCCAUCCUCGAACAAACUCUAAUCCACUGGAGAAGCUGGUUGAAGUGGCUUACCUCCUCACACUCUGCAGUAUUCCAAAAUGGCACACAGGAUAAACAGGAUUUUUUGUCGGGUUAUGGUUCUUUUUAAUUUAUUUACAGUCUUUUUUUUUUUUCUUCUUCUUCUUCUUUUGAGUUUUCACAUUUACCGCUGAAGGAUAUUUAAAACUGUUUUCAAAACGCGUUGGCGAACGAGUUCCUCAGAUUGACCAAUAGCUGCUUCUUUGGUAUAUUUUAGUGGGUAUAGAAGAUAAAAUAUAUAAAUAUAUAAAUAUAUUAUUGAUGUUUUUUGUACAUAGCUGAUAUGUUGUCAUUCUUGAGGUAUUUCCGGUCAUAGAAAAAUGUUUUUACAUGUUAGUCUCUUAUGUUUAUUUUUUCUAAUCCAGAAAAUCAUACUAAUUAGCAUUUUUGGACUCAUGAUCAACAGCACUUGGCCUAUUUUGCUAUGCGAUGCCCGGGAGAAGGAGAGUUUGGCGUCUUCAGCUUAAGAUGUCUGCCCAUCAUAUCAGGAUCAAAUAAAAUAGUGCUGUAAAUAAUGCAGCAAGGUGCAUUCAUGACCAUG